AUGGCAGCAGAAUUCCUGAAGGAAAAGAAUUGCACAGAAUGGUCAAAUAGCUCGGCCAGUAAACUCACCGAAUAUAUUGUGAACUCGCCAACUAAGUUAAAAACUUUGCCGCAAGCUCAAGGGACAGAAAUAAAUAAGGUUAUUGACGACAUAAAAGCCGCAUUACCAUAUAUAAGUCCUAAGGAAUAUUAUCGAGUACGAUAUCCAAAUAGAUUUUAUAUGCCGUAUUAUGAAGCGAUCCUCCUCGAACUUAAAGAGCAGGGAUAUCGAGAAUCAUUUGAUUACUUGGCGGGACUUUUAGAUUUCGAUGGAAAACUUACAGAAAAGAUGCUUGGAUCAUUGUCGUGGAAAAAGCCAUCUUUGAAAGAUCAACGAGAUAUUAUAAUAUGUUUAAAAAAUGGAUUAGUCGCAUCCGAAAAGAGUAAGAGCAAAGGUGACUACCUUGCACAAGCAACGACACUUCUAGACAUGGCUCUGUUCUUUCAAUCGAAAACGUGGGAAUGGUGGUGGUUAGGCGAACGUCUUUAUCGAUCUGCCCUUUCAGCUGCGAAGUUGAUAGACAAUGACGAUGCUGAAACGAUCACGUUUAUACUAGAGAAUCCUACAGAAGCUCUAGAUUAUCUAAACAAGGCGCGAGAAGAUUCGGAAAAUAAGAUAUGGAACGCAUCGAUGAAACUGGGAAUAAAGCAAAACUGCAUUUUUAAAGAAUGCAACAUCCUCUUGUAUAAAGCUCUAUUGACUUUCGUUCGCAAGGAACGUCUCCAAAAUCCCGAUACAGCUUUGAAAGUCUGCAAUGAGGCUGUAAAGAGAGCAACUGAUGCUGAGGACACUGGAUAUGUAAAUGAAGCUCUUCGCGAGCUCGGGAAAUGUUACAUCGCUGUGAACGAUAUUAAAAAUGCGUUAAAAAGCUUCUCGAAAUUAUUAGCUUUUGCCAAAAGAAUUUCGGAUGUCGAGGGUAUUUGUAAUGCACACAUGGAACUGGCUUUUGCGUACAAACAAUUAAAUAAUAAUGAUUACACGGAGAAACACUUGCGAAUGUGUCGAGAAAACGCAGAAAAUUUCGGCCUCGUCGAUAGACUUGCCAAUGCACAUUAUUAUACGGGCGAACAUUAUUUAAGUCAGGGAAAGUUAUAUCUAUCGACCAGUCAUUUGGAAACAUCACUAAACUUAUACAGUAGACUUAACUUGACCAACGAAGCUGAUCGAGCAAGAUGUAUUGCAGGAAUUUCUAAAGGGCAAGAGAGAAUCGAGAAAUAUAUCGAUUUGUUAUUACAAAGCGGUGAAUACGAUGAAAACGCAACGUUGAAACUUUGUCGAUGGAAAAGUUACAGAGAGAUCUUUUGGACUGAACAGAUACACGGUAAUUAAAAUUCCAUUUUGAAUUAAUUUUCUUUUUAACUACGUACCAGAAAUUUCUUAGACAAUUAUCAAAAUUGAUUAAAAAGGACGUAUAUUGAUACAAACAUUGUAUCAAUCUGUGACAAAAUUAGAUACGAUGUUUACAAAUUGUUAGAACAUUUUUUCAAUUUUGAUAAUUGUAUAUUUAUGCUAUAUACAUACUUCAUUAAUUCUUUUUAAAUUUCUCAUUAAAUAUACUAUGUGUUUUUUAUUACAUUAAUACACUGACUGUCGUGUUACGAUGGCCACUAUUUUUUUUAAAUUGUACGCAAUUAACGUAUAUUUACUUAAAAUAGUACAUGAAACCUCCGCGAAGAACGCAGUGACUUAAUUUUUAAUUUUAUAAAUGGUCUUUUUUUUUACUCGUGAAAAAUCAAACUGUCUUGAUGCUAGAUUUUGGAUCGUCCCAAACUCAACUGAAUCUGAGAUCAAUGUCACAUAAAUGUAACGUUUUAUUGAAAAUUAUUGUAUUAUAAUAUUGUACUAAAUUAUUUAUAUUCUACUUAAUAUUGUAUUGAAUAUUUAAUGAAUAUUGAAUAUUUAAUAUUUCAGAUACAAAAUCAGACUUGGAAAUU